UGUGGCUGGCGAAUGGACUGAGCAGUGCACAGGGUCUCACUUAGGGAUGAGAACGACGUGGAAUUUCCGUCAAACACACUUGUGCCAUCUCUAAGGACAGAGGAAAGGAACACGACUCCGAUUCUGACUCCUAUAAGAUAUCACCAUGACGCAGAAUCUAAUUCUCAACACUACCUGGGAGGACUCGAACCCGUCCAAUUUCUCAAGUUUGCAGGAAAACCCUUUAACCCACCAGAACAUCACCUAUGUGGAUUUCUACCUCCACAAACCCUCCGUGGCUGCGGUCUUCACUGUCUCCUACCUGCUCAUCUUCCUGGUGUGCAUGCUCGGCAACGGGGUGGUGUGUUUCAUCGUGCUGCGCAGCAAGAACAUGCGCACGGUCACCAACCUCUUUAUUCUCAACCUCGCCAUCAGUGACCUGCUGGUUGGGAUCUUUUGCAUGCCAACUACGCUGGUGGAUAACAUCAUAACAGGAUGGCCAUUUGGCAGUGUGGUGUGCAAGCUAAGCGGAAUGGUUCAGGGGAUAUCUGUCUCAGCAUCUGUGUUUACUCUGGUGGCAAUAGCUGUUGACAGGUUCCGCUGCAUCGUCUAUCCUUUCAAGCAGAAACUGACCAUCGCCACCUCGAAGCUAAUUAUCGUCAUCAUAUGGGUCUUGGCUGUGUCCAUCAUGUGUCCCUCUGGGGUCAUGCUCCAGGUCACAAAGGAGCAGAGGGUGCGAAUAGUUCUUGGCCGCAACAACGACACCCGUCCUUUCUACUGGUGCCGGGAAAACUGGCCCAAUCAGGAGAUGCGUAAAAUCUACACCACUGUCCUCUUCGCUAACAUCUACCUCGCUCCUCUCAGCCUUAUUGUCAUCAUGUACGCCCGCAUCGGCUUCACCCUCUCCAAGACCACCAUUCUCACGAUGAGGGGCAGUGGGAUUGCGUCUCAGGACGGCAUUGGCAACAACAAGUUGAGCAUGGAGAGUCGUCACACGAUUUCCAAGAAGAAGACUCGGGUGAUAAUGAUGCUCCUGGUCGUGGCUCUGCUCUUCAUCUUAUCCUGGCUUCCUCUGUGGACGUUGAUGAUGCUGAGCGACUACGCCAGCCUGACAGAGCACCAGUAUCGCGUCAUUAACAUCUACGUGUAUCCGUUAGCUCACUGGUUGGCCUUCUUCAACAGCAGCGUCAACCCCAUCAUCUACGGGUUCUUCAACGAGAACUUCCGCAGAGGCUUUCAGGCCGCUUUCAAAUUCCAGCUUUGCUCUGCUGACAUUGAGCGCCAAAAGACCUACUCCCAUCGGAUCCGUGGGCACGCUGUCCUCCCAAUCCAGCCUGUCGCCCUCAAUAAGUCAGGCUCGGGAAACAGAUCAGGGUUAGUGGGGAAUGGGAAGUGCUCAUGUCAGGAAGGAGGGUCCAGGUCUGGUAGAAGUGAUAUGAAAGAACAGGACCUGAUCAUGGAGGACCUAGAAAAAGUCUCCCAGAUUUAGUCAGACUGAGACUGUGCAGUGU